UUCAUUAUUUAUUAUUUAUCCUCAUUGGAUUAUCAUUCAAUUAAACACACAACGAGGGAGAGAUGCAUGCGCGUUUCUGCAUAUCGCUCGGAAAACAUAUGUAGGGCGGAUCUCAGAGGAGGGACCUUUAAUACAUAUAAUCGUCAACUCCAACGCUUUUUUAUGAAGCAUAAAUAUAAAAAUAAAGACACGCAGCGCGUGUCUUAUCUAAUGUCAGCUCAUCCCGUCGAUUUUCCCCGCUUGACCGAGAAAACUUUAUUGCGCAUCCCCGCUCCCGUUCUCGGGGGCUGUCUGAUAUGACACAUAUAUUACGCGACACAGUCGCGAGUGGGACGGACGCUUCGGGGAGGAGAGAAACUGGAGCGCGGUGCCGCGGUCUCAUUUCCGCGAGUCCGCGCGUCGCGUCUCCUCGCGCGAGUCGUCAUCGCCGUCAAGCGCGCGCGAUUCUUCGCGCCACCCCGGAGCGGGAUUGAUCGCAGCGUCGCCCGGUAUAGCGCGGCGUGAAUCGCGAUCGUCUUUGACCCUCGCGAAUUCGAUCCACUGGGCAAACGGGCCAGAGUAACUACGUAGCGGCGUCUCGAGCAGUCGGAUUAACCUGAAUCGCGCGUCGCGUCAUCGGCGUCAUCCGCGCGAUGCACGCGUCGAGCCUACCGCUGACAUAGGCCGCGAUCCCCGAUCGCCGUGCGCGCGGGAUCACAGUCCGUUAUGACACGCCGGCAGGUCACGUCGGGCAACCGGUAGUCUAGGAUGCGUGACAGGGUCAAGGUUCGUUCUGACCGUUAUUAGAUCGUCGACGGUUGAUCGCGGCGUAGAGUCCCGGCGCUGCUGGAGAGCAAGAGGGAGAGGGGAGAGAGAGAAGAGAGAGACAAUCGGGCCCAGUCAUCGUUCAGAGAAUCGUUCCAAAUGUCGACGUUCAACGAUGACUUCGAGAGACCGUUCGAGGAUUUCGAGCCCCUGCAGUGGGGCGCGUUGCGCGAUUUGUGCCAGGCCAAUGUGGAGUACUUUGCGCCCCACCAGGAUAAGAACGGCGUCCGGAUCAGGGCCGCCCUCAUGGCGAUCCUGGAUUACCUGACCCAGCUGCAGCCGCUCUACCGGGAGAUCGCCAGGUUCGCGCCGCACUUCGACUUCGACGAGGAGACCCCCGGGAACGGGUACAGGAGCUUCCUCUCGUUGGUCGACAGGUGUAUCAUGUACUCCGGUUUGGUCUGCCGGCAGAUGUACAAUCAGAAGGAUUCCGUGUUCUUCCGGAAGAGCUACUACAUGAAGGAAAUAGAGGCGUGCUCCCAGCUGAUGGCGUCGCUUCAUACGUGCUUGCAGCAGUUGAAACUAAUGUACUCGUGGAGUACGGAGGUGUUGGACGAUGGAAAACUGUCGCUGUUCCCGCUGGAGCAAUACAGUAUUCAAGAACUUCUCAAUAAUGCAGAGAAUAUUAAUCAGUACUGCUUUUACGGCAGGUGUUUAGGGUUUCAGUUUUGCGAUAGUUUAAGACAUGUAUUAAAAACGCUGUCGUUCUUUAUGGCGUCCUUCAGCGAGAUGUACUACAGCAAUGGUACUCUAUUAGGACGAUGCACUAAUUCCGUUAAGUAUUUAUUGGAUCCUGAAGCAAGAGCACGCCGUAUUGUUAAUAUAUCUCAGCACGCUGACAUUUCUUUCUGCCAGGCGUUUUGGUUUCUGAGCGAAUCUGCAAUAAUGAACAUGAUGAACACCUCAAACUUAGCAAUCAAUCAAGUGAUAUCUAUUCCGCCCGAGGAAUUAAUUCUACCCACUUUGGAUGGCGGGACCGUUUCAAUUCCAAUACCAAGUAGUCACAUCGGGAAGAAACCGAUCCACGUUAGGCUGUUGAGCUCCAAACGGCGUCUAGGAAUGGUUGGAUCUGGGGGUAUAGGAGGAGAAUUAUGCGGUCUCUGCGACGAACUGAUUAUUCAUACUCACGGGGGCGGAUUCGUGUCGCAGACUUCACGAUCGCACGAGAUGUAUCUACGAAACUGGACUGUGACGCUCGGCGUGCCAAUCUUGAGCAUAGAUUACAGUCUAGCUCCAGAGGCACCUUAUCCUCGCGCGCUCGAAGAAGUGCUGUAUGCUUAUGCGUGGGCGUUAAAGCAUGCAAACACUUUACUCGGGAGUACAGCGAAGAAAGUGAUACUUGUCGGCGAUUCUGCGGGAGGGAACUUGAACUUAGGAACUACUUUGAAAUGUAUGCAAUUAAAUAUAAGGAAACCGGACGGUAUUUUUAUGGCGUAUACACCGGUACGCAUCGAGUUUGUCCCGUCGCCCUCUCGUAUGCUCUGUCUCACGGAUCCGUUACUACCGUUCGGUUUUAUGUUACGAUGCUUGAAGGCUUAUUCGGUACAACCUGACAAGAAACCCACAAAAGAAUACGAUAAUGAAGAAGACGUCAAGUCGGAUACAGAGUCUUUUGCAGAAGUCAGCGAAAGUGACCUUAUAGCAUUAGCCCUGAGUCCAAACGGAGACGGCGCAAACGAUGAUCAGAAAUUAGUAUCCCUUCCGUCUGAUUCGACGUUAAAUUCUGUCAGCUUGACAGAAGUCGACGGUACUGAGUGUCCGAAAGUGCAGGCGAAGUCUCAAGAAUAUAUCAGCCGAUUUUUAAAUAUGUACAGAAAUUCCGGCCUUGCUUCCACGUCGUCGCCUGCUGCGAGGAACGGCAGUGUCAGUAGAAAUGGUAACAAUUCAGGACAAAGUAACAAGUCAUGGUCCUUGUUCGGGUGGUCCUUCGGUAGAAGAAGUAGUAAGGAUAGCAGGGAACUCAAUAUGGAGAACGCCAUUUCUUCCGAGGAGUUCGUUUUUACGAUAUCGAGGGACCCCUUUUUGAGCCCUUAUCUCGCACCAGAUAAUAUGUUAGCUAAUAUCCCGCCCAUAAAGAUACUGACGUGUCAUCUUGAUCCUACUCUCGAUGAUUGCAUUAUGUUUGCGAGGAAGCUUCGCUCACUUGGCAAUAAAGUUACGCUGGAUAUUUUGCCGGGCUUGCCGCACGGAUUUCUUAAUCUUUUGCAGGCUUCGAAAGAAGCGAUGGAAGGCUCAGAGGUCUGUGCCGCAAGGAUAAAAGAGUUGCUGGAACUAUAACUGUCCAAUAUUUAAAAAAAAACUAUUACUGUUAAAAAAAAAAAAUAUAUAUAUAUAUUAUAUAUAUUGAUCUAGAAUGAGCAGAUGUACUUCAGUCAGUUGCAGCAACACCUAUUUAUACAGCGAAUAUAAGUAUAUCUGAAGGCGAUAUAUCUAAAUAUCUGUCAUUGUUUUUUGCGGCUUAAUUAUAUUUUGUAACAUUCCAGGAGCUAGGGCUAACAGAUAAUGCUUUACACUAGCGGUUUUCUACUGUAUUAGCUGCACUAGUUAUUAUUGUUGUCACAUUGAUGUAUUGUCAUAUAUUGUCGUAUUAUAUGGCAUUAUCUAAAUUAGAAUGUAGGAUGUUUCGAAUCUGAUAUCCGACCACAUAUUAGCAAAGAACGUCCUGUACAUAUAAAAAGACAGACAUAUAGUAUUUAUUUAUUCUGUUUUUUUUAUAUAUGUAAAAACGUGUAUUUCUCUACGAAUAUAUUUAUGAGGCAUUAUACAAAAUAUUACGUUAGAUAACAAAUGAAAAUGUUUCUUUGCACGUUUCUCUGCGCGCGCGUGCACUUAUUCCUGUAAUAUUCAUUUUACAUGACAAUUUUUGAUAUGUAAGAUAUCCAAUGUGCAAUAUACUUAUUUCUUACAAAUAUA